UCUGAUAUUCAGAUAUUGCAACGAGAGAAAAGAAUAGAAUAAAGAGUCAGAACGAAAAAGUGCUUAUUAAAAAAAGCGCUUAUUAAAAAAAGCCUUGUCUAGUGUGCAGCAUCUGUCAUAAUUCACUUUUUAUUUAAUUCAUUACUACCAUUCAGAGUGGCAAAAAGAAAGAGCAAAAACAAAACCAACCGUUAAUGAAUGGUGGUAGUAGUAAUAGCGGUGGCGACUGAGUGCAAUGCGUGUUUGUGCGACGGUUAUGACGGCGAAAAUGGAGGAAAAAACCGCAUCGGAAUUAAAGGAACGGUUAUGGAAAAUCGUGAAGACUAUUGUUGACUCCGACGACUAUACUGUGCAAAACGUCGAUGAUGCAAUCGCGGCACUUUCUUCUCUGAAAGAUUUCAAGUCUCGUUCGAAUUCGAUUUCGAAUCGAACGAACUCUUUUGAUGAUAAAUUGGACGAAUUUGCCCCUCCGAGUGAAUUUCGGUGCCCUAUUUCUACUCAGUUGAUGAUCGAUCCUGUUAUCUUGUCCACUGGACAGACUUAUGAUCGGCCGUUUAUUCAGAGGUGGUUAAAUGAAGGCAAUAGAACAUGCCCUCAAACCCAGCAAGUUCUAUCUCAUACAAUUCUUACACCUAAUUACUUGGUCCGAGACAUGAUUGCGCAGUGGUGUAAGGAGCGUGGACUUGAGCUACCACAGCCUACUCGGGAUAUGGAUGAAGUUGUAACUGAUGCUGACAGAGGCCGUUUAAAUGCAUUGCUUCAUAAGUUGUCCUUGUCUGUUUCUGAUCAGAAAGCAGCUGCGAAAGAGCUUCGUUUGUUAACGAAGCGAACACCUUCGUUUCGAACCCUUUUUAAGGAGUCUGGUGAUGAGAUCACGCAGUUGCUUCGUCCAUUAUUGCCAGGUGGUGCUUGUCCUCACCCUGAUCUUCAAGAGGAUUUGAUCACAACUGUUCUGAAUCUCUCAAUUCUUGACGAUAAUAAGAAAGUUUUUGCCGAGGAUCCAACCGUCAUUAACCUGCUGAUUGAUGCGUUGAAAUGGGGAACCAUUUCAACAAAAAGCAAUGCUGCAGCAGCUAUUUUCACCUUAUCGGCUGUUGAUUCCAACAAGUUCAUCAUUGGGAAAUCUGGAGCUAUCAAACAUUUGCUCGGCCUUCUAGACGAGGGACAUACAUUUGCCAUGAAAGAUGCUGCAUCAGCCAUAUAUAGCCUAUGUCUGGUCCAUGAUAAUAAAGAGAGGACUGUACGAGAAGGAGCAGUUAAAGUCAUUUUGAACAAGAUCAUGAACCACAUUCUAGUUGACGAGCUGUUGUCUAUACUGGCACUCCUCUCCAGUCAUCCCGACGCUGUUGAAGAAAUGGGCAAUCGCAACGCUGUUCCUUUCUUAAUGAGGAAUAUUCGGGAUAGCACAUCAGAAAGAUGCAAGGAAAAUUGCGUUGCAAUUUUAUACACAAUCUGUUAUAGUCGUCGAACAAAGUUGAAGGAAAUCAAAGAAGAAGAAAAGGCCAACGGAACACUCUCUACGCUAGCACAAUGCGGAACUUCAAGAGCGAAAAGGAAGGCCAACAGUAUUCUCGAGAGGCUCAACAGAUCUCAAACCUUAACUCACACUGCUUAGUGAGUGAGAUUAAACCUCCAAAAAUCAUCACUGUAAAUGAAUUUCUUGCUUUUUUGUUCUGUACAAAUGGGAAAGAUAAAAAGUUCAUAUAUUUCAUGUACAUUAACUGCAUACCGUUCCUUCACAUGCAAUCAAGCAUAAAUGAAUAUGAGCUAUUACAUUUUCA